CAUGCGCGCAUGGGCGGAGAAGCGGUCCCUGAUAUUAUUGUAAGAAUAAUUCACUUAUGAAAAUGGCGGCGAGUCAGGGUGGUGUGGGAGCAAACACUGCUCUUCAAAGCCAUUUAUUUUCGAAUGGACCUCACUGGAACCCUGGCGUUUUCCAGCAUCAGUACCAGUUACACACAGCACGGAGCUUGGACCGCGCUUUGGAUGAUGCCGUGUGCUCGGGGAUGUUGAAUAUUAGCGGCAGGAAAUUGAGGGACUACCCUGGCUUGAACUACGAUCUCACCGAUACAACACAAGCAGACUUGUCUAAAAACCGUUUCACUGAGGUGCCUCCGGAGGUGUGUCUGUUCGCGCCCCUGGAGGCCUUGAAUCUGUACCACAACUGCAUCAAAUGCGUCCCAGAGGCCAUCAUCAACCUACAGAUGCUCACAUACCUAAACAUCAGCCGUAACCUGCUCUCCACACUGCCUAAGUUCCUGUUCAGCCUGCCCCUGCGCGUGCUGGUGGUGAGCAACAACAAGCUGGUCUCCAUACCAGAGGAGAUCGGGAAGGCCAAAGACCUCAUGGAGCUGGACGUCAGCUGUAAUGAGAUCCAGGUGCUGCCCUCCCAGACGGGGAAACUGCUGGCCUUACGGGAGCUCAACAUCAGGAGGAACUGCCUUCAAGUGCUGCCAGACGAGCUGUCUGAUCUCCCCCUCAUCCGUCUGGACUUCUCCUGCAAUAAGAUCACAGAGAUCCCCACGUCCUACAGGAAACUCAGACAACUUCAGCACAUUAUUCUCGACAACAACCCCAUGCAGUACCCUCCUGCACAGAUCUGCCUUAAAGGUAAGGUCCACAUAUUUAAGUACUUGAACAUCCAGGCGUGCCGCAUGGACAAGAAGCCCGACUCCCUGGACCUGCCCUCUCUCGGGAAACGAUGCCAUCCUCCACCUCUCACAGACAGCAUAGAAGAUUUCUAUCCCAGUAAGAAUCACGGUCCUGACUCUGGAAUUGGAAGCGACAACGGAGACAACAAGAGACUCUCUACCACAGAGCCCUCGGAUGACGACACGGUCAGUUUACACUCUCAGGUGUCGGAGACGGCCAGGGAGCACUGCAGAGCCGACACACACUCACUACUGCUCAAACUGGACAGCUGUAAAGAUCAGGAUCCUUAUGACUUCAUAGACCCAGCGCAGGACGAGGAGGGGACGUUAUCCGAGGGAGAUGCACCACGCAGCGUAACCUUCGUGUCCUGCAUAAAGGAACUUGAGAAAGUUCUCAAUAAAUCACAACAAGCCAAAGACAAAGAGAACGGGAAGGACGAGUCCGGCUCGGAGAAGGAGCAUGCGGAGCUGGCUGAGGAGGAGGAGGAUGAGCUGAAGGAGGUGCUGGACCUGAGGAAGAUCGCCGUGCAGCUGCUGCAGCAGGAGCAGCAGAACAGGAGGAGGUCUUUAAUCUGUAGAGCGGAGAGUCUCAUCCACCGCAGGAGAGCUGCGGGACGCCCGCACAGAUUCCUCAGUCAUUCUGGAGGAAGCAGCAAACAAAGGGCACCAGUUCAAGCUGUCCGAAGUGCAUCGCUGGAUGAGGGAACAAGCUCGGCCUCCGCAUUAAGUGGACAGGAUGUUGAUCUCACCGAUGACGACGCAGCAUUUUCGGAGCCCUCCACAUCCUGCUCCUUUGACGGCAGCCUGAAGUCGGAGGGCGGCGGCUCGGAGCCCAAGUGGCCGGAGGUGCCGCCCGUCCUCAACCAGAACGAAGACCGUCGCCGCAACAAGUACCUCAGGAAGGACUACCUGAAGUACAAGUGCCAGAGUGCUCGGCGGAAUUCAAUGGGCCAUGACGAUGAGGACAGCAUGCGAGCCGCUGAUUUCACCACGGCACUCACUGUGUUUGGCCUGAAGCCACGAUCAGCUUUCUCUCGUGGCAGUCGGGAGUACAACACGUUGGACCCCAGCUUCACCAUGCGCCGGAAGAUGGAACACCUCAGGGAAGAGAUGGAGCAGAUACGGCUGCUCAGACAGAAUCUGGAGUCUCGGCUGAAGGUGCUGCUGCCGGACGACGUGGGGGCAGCGCUGAUGGACGGCGUAGUCCUGUGUCACCUGGCCAAUCACAUCAAGCCCCGCUCUGUAGCCAGCAUACACGUGCCCUCCCCUGCAGUGCCAAAACUCAGCAUGGCCAAGUGCCGCCGGAAUGUGGAGAACUUUCUAGAUGCCUGCAAGAAGCUUGGCGUGACACAGGAUAAGCUGUGUCUGCCCCACCACAUCCUGGAGGAGAGGGGCCUAGUGAAGGUGGGAGUCACCGUGCAGGCUCUUCUGGAGCUGCCUGCGUCUAGCCAGCCACAACUAGCUACUAUAUAGCUAGCUAACUCUGCUAGCCAGCCACAACUAGCUACUAUAUAGCUAGCUAACUCUGCUAGCUAGCCACAACUAGCUACUAUAUAGCUAGCUAACUCUGCUAGCC